AUGUAUCACCAAGUAACCUCAUUGUCAUUGGACGAUUGUGAUCUAAAAAUGGCGAUGGUCGAGUCACUUUUAUCACUUACACCUUCAUUGAUACAUUUAACUAUACUAGGUAAUAGCAAUGAUUUGUUUGAUGGCGAUCGGUGGGAAAAAUUCAUCCAAACAAAACUAUUACAUUUGAAUAAAUUUCAAUUUACUUUUCAAAGCAAUAUUAAUGUUAAUCAUGAUCUUGCUGGAUUAGAGUCCGUCAUUCAAUCAUUUCGAACACCAUUUUGGAUUGAAACUAAACAAUGGUUUGUUACUGCUUUAUCUGUUCAACAUUUGAAUGUUAUCAAUCUCUAUACAAUCAACGAUUGCGCAUCAAAGAUUAAUUUUCGUCCGAAUGCGAACAAAAUCACGCGAUCUACCGGUAGUACAAAAAUUGAACAAGAAAUAAUGCAAACUGUACGUGAAAUGAGUUUAGAUAUAAAUGAAAUGCAAGUUGAUUUAACAGAAAAGACAGAAAAAUCAGCAUACUGUUUCUACAACAGACUUACGAAACUGAGACUUCAAAUCCAUGAAAACUGGCCAGAUGGUUCACUUGAUCUUCUUUCAUCGUUCAUCGACCUUUCAACAAUCACUGGCCUUACACUAGACGUCAACAUUAUGGAGAAUGAUAGUUCUAAUAUAGCUGCAGGCAUUACUGCGCUACUCCAACAAGCUUCGCAUAUUAAAUCUCUCGUCAUUAUUUCGCAUACUUUAUCUUUACACACUAUCUGUUCAAUUAUAUCUCAUCAUAUAAAGCAUUUACAAAUUCCUGUAACUAGCAUCAAAGAUGUGACGUUGAUUCUCAAACAAUUCGAUCAUCUAUUCAGUGUGAGCUUUACAUUUCGCUAUAAAUCAAUAGUUUCCAUUAAAGAGAUUACUGAAUUGCUUGUCACAAAAGGUAGAGAUUUUACAUAUCACUUAACUCAAUUUUCACUCCAUUUAUGGCUUGGUAUGAAUAAGGAGGAAUUUUUAAAUUCAUGUUAA